ACCCGAACCGCGACCCGGAAAAAUGGGCAAGGAUUUGAGCGAUGACCAAGUAUCGUCGAUGAAGGAGGCGUUCACGCUCUUCGAUACCGACAACGACGGCAAGAUUGCUCCGUCCGAGCUAGGGAUCCUAAUGCGAUCGCUCGGUGGCAACCCGACCCAGGCCCAACUCAAAUCCAUAGUCGCCGAGGAGAAGCUCACCGCCCCCUUCGACUUCCCUCGCUUCCUCGAACUCAUGGCCAAGCACAUGAAGCCCGAGCCCUUCGAUCGCCAGCUCCGCGACGCCUUCAAGGUUCUCGACAAGGACUCCACCGGCUUCGUCUCCGUCUCGGAGCUCCGGCACAUCCUCACCAGCAUCGGCGAGAAAUUGGAGCCCUCCGAAUUUGACGAGUGGAUCCGAGAGGUGGAUGUCGGGUCCGAUGGGAAGAUCAAAUACGAGGACUUCAUUGCCAGAAUGGUGGCCAAGUGAGGUACGAAACGGUACGUUUUGCCUGGGUGAAAGUGUUUUGUGGAAGUAAUUUGGGAGUAAUGUACGUCUUUUUCUUCUUUUUAUGGUAAAUUUUGGGUUUGUUUGUUUGGAUUUUGUUUGCGGUGAAUUGAAAUUUGUGUCGAGUACUUGGUAAAUUUGGAGGUGUUUGGGAUGUAAGUGCUGAUGAUUUUAUGGAAUGUAAUCUGGAUUUGCUGGAUUACUUUGUGGUCUGGAA